AUGGCGAGCGCCCCUGGUGUCGCCAAGGCCGACAUCAUUGGGGGAGGCAAAUACAAACUAGUACGGAAGAUCGGGUCUGGCUCCUUCGGAGAGGUUUAUCUGGCCGUGAGCACCGCCAACGGCGAGGAAGUGGCAGUGAAGCUAGAAUCCCAGAAGGCCAGACAUCCCCAGUUGCUGUACGAGAGCAAACUCUACGCAAUUCUCGAAGGUGGGGUUGGCAUACCCCGCAUUCACUGGUAUGGGCAGGAAAAAGACACCAACAUGCUAGUUAUGGAUCUUCUGGGACCCAGUCUCGAAGACCUAUUUAACUUUUGUUCCAGAAGGUUUACAAUGAAAACUGUACUUAUGUUAGCUGACCAGAUGAUCAGUAGAAUUGAAUAUGUGCAUACGAAGAACUUUCUACACAGAGACAUUAAACCAGACAACUUCCUGAUGGGUAUUGGUCGUCACUGUAAUAAAUUGUUCCUUAUUGAUUUUGGUUUGGCCAAAAAGUACAGAGACAACAGGACGAGACAACACAUACCAUAUAGAGAAGAUAAACACCUCACUGGCACUGUCCGAUAUGCCAGCAUCAACGCACAUCUGGGUAUUGAGCAGAGUCGCCGAGAUGACAUGGAGUCAUUAGGCUAUGUUUUAAUGUAUUUUAACAGAACCACCCUGCCUUGGCAAGGAUUAAAGGCUCUAACAAAGAAACAAAAAUAUGAAAAGAUUAGUGAAAAGAAAAUGUCCACGCCUGUUGAAGUUUUGUGUAAGGGGUUUCCUGCAGAGUUUGCCAUGUACUUAAACUACUGUCGUGGGCUGCGCUUUGAGGAAAUUCCGGAUUACAUGUAUCUGAGGCAGCUAUUCCGCAUUCUUUUCAGGUCCCUGAACCACCAGUAUGACUACACGUUUGAUUGGACACUGUUGAAGCAGAAAUCAGCACAGGGGGCAGCCUCUACCAGUGGGCAGGUCCAGCAGGCCCAGACUGCCACAGGCAAGCAACCCGACAAAACCAAGAGUAACCCAAAAGCUUACUAA